UGGUGAAAGUUCCUCCACAGACAGCGCAGCGCGUUAAAAGCACAGAGAAGGGUCGCUAGUCGCGCCAGACAGAACAGGAGCAGUCGGACAAGACACUUCGAAGGGCGUGAAACUGGUGUCACGGGCAACAUAUUUGAAGAAUUCACUGGCAAACAGGAACAACAACCUUCGCCCCACAGCCUUGUGAAGAAGCACUGUAGUUAGCAUGGCUAUGCUACAUGGUCCCCACUCUCUCUUCUGCCUACUGGUCUCUCUGCUGGUUCUGGCUCUGGCUGCGGUCAGCCAGGCCCAGGCGCCCACCACCGCCCCCAAGAUCCAGCUGCGCCUGGCGGGGGACCACCGCAAGCACUACGAGGGCCGAGUGGAGGUCUACUACAACGGCGAGUGGGGCACGGUCUGCGACGACGACUUCUCCAUCUAUGCGGCGCACGUGGUGUGCAGGGAGCUGGGAUUCCUCGAGGCCGUCUCCUGGUCUCCGUCCUCCAAGUACGGCAGAGGGGAAGGUCGUAUCUGGCUGGACAACGUCCACUGCACGGGAAGAGAGCGCUCGCUAGCCGAGUGCCCGUCCAACGGCUUCGGGGUGUCAGACUGCCGCCACACGGAGGACGUUGGGGUCGUCUGCAGCGCCAAACGCAUCCCGGGGUUCCAGUACAUCAGCGCAGUCGACAACCACGUGGAGAGUCUAAAUGUGCAGGUAGAGGAGGUGCGCAUCAGGGCUCUGUACUCCAUGAGGAAGCGUGUGCCCAUCACUGAGGGCUUCGUGGAGGUCAAGGAGGGAGGCAAGUGGAGGCAGAUCUGCGACGAAGAGUGGUCAGGCAUGAACUCACGCGUGAUCUGUGGCAUGUACGGAUUCCCCGGAGAGAAGGGAUACAACACCCGGCCCUACAAGCUGUUGGCUCGCAAGCGUAAGAUCACAUACUUUGGCUUCUUGGUGAACUGCACAGGGAAUGAGGAUCACCUGACCGGUUGUAAGAUGGGUCGCCCCGUGCCCAAGAAGGGCAACAACACCUGCCCCAGUGGCAUGCCCGCCGUGGUCAGCUGUGUUUCUGGAAGAGCCUUUGCCCCGACACACUCCGCUGGCUACAGCAAGGCCUAUCGUGCCGAGCAACCCCUGGUGCGUUUGAGAGGUGGUGCCAACAUUGGAGAGGGUCGUGUGGAGGUCCUGAAGAAUGGCCAAUGGGGAACCAUUUGCGACGACAGUUGGAACAUGGUGGCUGCCUCGGUAGUGUGCCGUGAGCUGGGCUACGGCAGUGCCAAGGAGGCCCUCUCUGGAGGCAGACUGGGUCAAGGCAUGGGCCCAGUCCACAUGAACGAGGUGCAGUGUUCCGGCUUCGAGAAGUCCUUGACCGACUGCCGCUUCAACCAGCAGUCCAUCGGUUGUAGUCACGAGGAAGACGCCGGUGUGAAGUGUAACGUUCCGGCCAUGGGCUUCAAGAACCGGCUGCGUCUGAACGGCGGGCGCAACCCGACGGAGGGCCGCGUGGAGGUUCUGGCGGAGAGGAACGGCUCGCUGGUGUGGGGGACGGUGUGCAGCGAGAACUGGGGCAUCAUGGAGGCCAUGGUGGUGUGUCGCCAGCUCGGACUCGGGUUCGCCAGUCACGCCUUCCAGGAGACGUGGUACUGGGCCGGUGACGUAUCUGCGGACGCCGUGGUGAUUAGUGGCGUGCGCUGCUCGGGCACCGAGAUGUCUCUGUCCCAGUGUCUCCACCACGGGAAACACCUGAAGUGCGCCAAAGGAGGCGGACGCUUCGCCGCUGGAGUAUCCUGCUCGGACACGGCCCCCGACCUGGUUCUGAACGCCGAGGUGGUGGAACAGACGACGUACCUGGAGGACCGGCCGAUGUAUGCUCUGCAGUGUGCCCAUGAAGAGCACUGCCUGUCCAGCACGGCCAACGCUGCUGACCACGGCUCGUACCGCCGCCUGCUCCGCUUCUCCUCCCAGAUCCACAACAACGGACAGUCGGACUUCAGGCCCAAGAACGGACAUCACGCAUGGGUCUGGCACGAGUGUCACAGGCACUACCACAGCAUGGAGGUAUUCACCCACUAUGACCUGCUGAGUCUCAAUGGCACCAAGGUGGCCGAGGGACACAAGGCCAGCUUCUGCCUGGAGGACACAGCGUGUGACGAGGGUAUUGAGAAGAGGUACGUCUGUGCCAACUUUGGACAGCAGGGCAUCACUGUUGGAUGCUGGGAUACCUACAGGCAUGACAUUGACUGCCAGUGGAUAGACGUCACCGAUGUGAAACCGGGAGACUACAUCUUCCAGGUGGUCAUUAACCCCAACUAUGAGGUGGCUGAGUCGGACUACACCAACAACAUCAUGAAGUGCAAAUGUCGAUAUGACGGCUACCGGAUAUGGACGUACCAAUGCCAUAUAGGUGGAUCACUAAGCACUGACAUGGAUGACAGUCAGUACCCUGGACUUACGAACAACCAGCUGUCAUACAGGUAGAGAAACACGCCUGGACCACCUGAAGGAGAGAUCGGAGAGAACAAUCUGAAAACGAGUCCCUUGAAAUGACCGGUGCAACUCUAGAGAUCAAGAGCAUUCCCAACCACUAGAGGGACUGUGUUACAAUCUUUGUGGUGCUAAAUAUGGAUGAAAUGUUAGAGACUCUACGACCUUACCCCCUUUUGAACAAUAUGUGGACACUUACACACAAAACAAGCAAAGUGAAUGUGUACUGUAUGUGAGUGUAUUACCUGAAAAUGAGUGCUAUCUCGUAUCUAAACUCCACGUUUGGAGUUGUAUUGCCUUAUUUAAGAGACGUUGGUUGACCUCUUCAUAUGAGUGGUCAUCCUCUUUGCACCUACCAGUGUGAUGAUAGACCUUCCUCUGAAUGUUCGGCUCCAUGGCUAAGACCAAAGAAACAGCAGGGAAUACUCCCAACCAUGGCCCCAGACACCACUAAGCACUGGAGAAUCAUCUAUGAUAUGAUACUAACAUCAGUCAGAGAUCUUACCAUUUUUUAAAAAAUACAUUCAUAUUUCUGCAUUAGUUUGCCUUUUGUCAUUGUACGCAGCAUAGACUCUCAUAAUCACACUCAUCCUCCCUACAGCUGUAGCUCGAUAGGCUCACAGCGUUCAGCCUUAAGCCUCCUCCUCAUGUUUCAUGUUAUUCCUAGUUCUUCUUUUCUACAACGAGCAUGCCAAGUUAACUUAUUGACAUCAGUCAGGGAUUUUGAGUAUUUUUGUUUGUUUAUUUCUCCUGUAGAGUUGACAGGAAGUGAAACCACCUCACCUUGUAUGUAUGCAUUCUGUGGGUCAUGUCGUUGUGCACCUGGGCCCUCCGUUUUGGAGGGGGCCUUUCGCCCUGCGACCAGUUGAAUGGUCGUGAUAAAUCGUGACGUGUUGCACGGAGUGUGUAUACUUCAAUGGGACAACGAGGAGGAAUCCCAUUGUGCUUCAUGUACUGUUUUCUGUAAUAAAAGUUAAAAUGUUUGCA